AAAAAUGAGAACAUGAAGCAAUAGUUUGCUGCAGAUGGUGCAUACUGGUUUGUCCUCCAUCUUUUGACUUGAGGAAGGUCAAUGAGAAGCUCAGCUGCAUUUUAAUAAGUAGGCACUCUUCUUGAAAUGCUGGACAUUACCUGAUACUAUCCGUCCUCAUUUGCAAAUGUGUGCAUAUUUUGCUGGUCAAAAAAAAAAACCUUCAUGAAGGAAACUUUUCACGUCGACAUCAUGAAUUUCUCUUUGUUGCUGGAGCCUGAUGUUGCUUGGCAGGCUUAUCAGAGAGCUUUCAUCAGCAAUCUCUAUAGACGUGUUUGGUAUUUUCUUGCACUUUAAGGACUUCUCAAACUGCCCGAGACAUUGUCUGAGCCUGUUUUUGCUGACCGUGUGGAAAGCUUCUUUUAACUUUUUCACUGAGGAGAGAAGUUAUCUGGGGCUUUCUCAGUCACAAAGUAAACACUCCCUCAUUUCUGGGGUGUUGGAAUCUUGAAAAGAGACACAGUAUAAACAAGUGCACUAAAUAGCUUCGAUGACAUAUGUAGAAAGCUGCACCUGUGCAGUUUUUUCGCUUAUCUUCUCACUCACUUUCCAUCUUCCAUGAUUCCCUCAUCUCACAUUCUUUAUCUAAUUCCCACUCACAACUUGACAGCUGACAGUGAGCGUGAGAGAGAGGGGAAGAAUCCAGGACACUUCUCCAGUGUAGCAGCUUUAUCACGGUUGCACAUGCAGUGGGACUUAAGCUCUCUGGAGCACUCCAAAGGCCCUGCAUGCCAGGUCACGUUCUUACUAUGUGCACUAAGGAGACGAGAGGAAGUGAGGCACAGUUUAGAUGAGUAGAAAUUGGAGCAUAGAAGAAGAAAAUGCAAACUAGAACAGGGCUAAAUGAAAUUAACAUGGAGAACUGGCUUCACAAGUAAAGAUAGAUGGUUAAUUUGAAGGAGAGAGGUGAAAAAUGAUCAAACAGCAUAAAGCUGAUAAGGCCAGGAUUAAACGGGGAUUAUGUCAAAUGGGUUCAUUCCUCACAGUAACGUCCAUGCACUAAAAAGUCCAUUUAAAUCUGCCCUGUAUUUCUCCUUGUUUCUCGCUGCAGUAGCUCUGCUGGGGUGUUUCAAAUUCAUUAGAGAGGUGAGCGGAGAGUGUCACCUCUGCUUUUUGACACCGCAGGCAGCAAAGAUGCUAAUCAUUUUAUGUAACACUAGUUUUAGAAUGCCUCAUCAUGCUCUCUGUUUUAGGCCACCAAAGUCAGCAAUCCCUAGACAUGCUUUCAAGGUGACUGGAAGAACUCUUGAUGGGAAAAACGGGUCCCCAUAGAGCAUUUUUACCAUUUAUACCCAAAGCAUGCUAUGGAUAUGCCUCCUGUUAUGCGUAAUAACAGGUCACUCAGUCUACAAAACAUACCAGGAAACAGAAAUAUUUUGCGCUGUUUUCUCUCUAACGUGACUAACUUUCGUGUUUAUACUGUAGUUGGAAGGUUGAAAUCCUUCUGGUUUGUUGGCUUGGACGUGACUGCAGAAAUAAUAGGGUGCUAGUGCUCUAUAUCAAGAAUGAAUUGUGCCACAUAAACAUACCAACACCCUUUGGUGUAGAUAACAAGCUAAUCCAGUUUCUGAAGCAGGCGCUGCAGCACAUGCUCUAAUUUAUUAAUUAAUUUUUUUACAGUAUUCUCUGUGAUGCAUUUGCAUUUACUCCACAUCCCCUGUCACACACUUACAGUUCAGCUCAUUGAGAAGCUACCAGCUCUUGAAAAUAGAUCAGGCUCCUCCCGCGUAACCAUGGAAACCCACUGAAAAUCGACUGUAAGGAGAGGUGCCAUUUCUGCUCCCCUUUCAGUAAGGCCCCAGUUUUACAUUUUCAUAAAACGUAUUGAUCUGAAAUGAGCACCCAUAUAAUCAGCUAGAUAUGAAUGGCACAUUGAGAAUGUCAAAUCACUAAUGCAGUAUGUAAUACUUAGAUCAUGUAAAGAAAAUCCUGAAGGCUCAAGAGAAGUGGGCUAGAAAUGGAAAACUGAGUCAACUGUAAAAAUUAUAAAACAAAAGGCAUGUUGUUAAGACUAACUAGUCUAAUGGUACUGCAGCACAUUGGUCAAGGCGUAAUGGAUAUUGAUUAAUCGACACCAGGGAGCACUGCUUACAUAAGAUGUUCACAAAGACCGUUAUCACUGCUACGGUGUGUCUUCAUCAUCAAUAACCUGAUACAUAAGUCAGUCUCCUCAUCAGCUCCAGCCUUCUUCAGACAGGAGAAGUCUGAGAGAAAGCUGCAACCUGUAACCUAAUCAUAAGCUGGUUUGUCCUAAUUUAAUUACAAAGAAAGGAUACAUACCCUCUCUAAAGACAAACAAGACGAUCUGGGGAUAUACAGGUACAGUUCUGCUGCUUCUAUUUGUCACCAUUCUAAUCUUAAGCCAUCCAACAGUGCAGUGUACACCUACAGUUAAUGAAAUAUUAAUGACUUAACACUUCAUAAUCAAUGUUUGUACACUGAUAUUGUACACUCUGUGGAACAAAGACAAUCUGGCAGACUUUGCUGUGAUCUAAUCCAUCGUUUUUUGUCAAAUCACUAAUACAAAGGAGAUGGAAUGGCAUUAUUGGAUUUCUGAGCCCUAUAGGAACAAUGAAGUCUAGCAUCUCUAGCUCAGCAAUCCAGUUUACUUCAAUUUAAUUAAUUUAAAUAACACCAAAUUGCAACAACAUUCACCUCAAAGUUCUUUUUACUGUAACUUAAAGACCCUAAACGAAUACAGAGGAAAAUACAGUCAGAUGACUCCCUAGCAGUUGGUGACAGUGGGAAAGAAAAACUCCCUUUUAACAGGAAGAAACCUCCAGCAAAACCAUGCUCAGGGAGGGGCACCCACCUGCCAUGAAGACAGGAAGAAAAGACAGUAGAAGAAGAGAGCAAGAAACUAAUAAUAACUAAUAAUUAAAUGCAGAAUGGUGUAUAAACACUUGAAAAAAUGUGAGUGAAGAAGAGACACUCAGAGUAUCCUGGAAAAGUGAAGCAUAUCUUCUAAUCAUCCUCAGCUUCCUUGCUUUGUCAUCUCAGUUAAUAGUUUCAGGUGCUGUUUAAAACAUGAGGUAAUUUUAUAAAUUGCGGUCAAAAAGAAUGAUCAAGCAGGCUGAGCUUUAAAGAGGCCCUACCUUGUGAUUUUGAAGUUACUACCAUAUGGACACGCAUGCUCUCUGUGUUUCUUAGCCAAAUCCACCCUCACUCGACGCAUCUGGUUUCAGAACACCAAGAUGGCAAUCCUGAAAGCACUUAGAUCUUGUCUUCACCUCCUCUUCUCCAUUAGGUAUAGAUAAAAGCACUGUAUGAAUGUGUGUGUGAUUGCGCAAAUGAGACUUUUGAGUGCUCAAAAUUUAGUAGAGGUAAAGAAGUACCAGUCCAUUUCCCAUUUCUGCAAGUUUUCUUCUUGACUGCUCUCUCCUAAAAGGAUGUUUACAUUCAGUUACAACUAAAAUUGCCAUAAUUACAUACAGUGUAAUAACAAAAUUGUACAUCAUUUUCCAUUUUGUCCUCAGUAGACUCCAUGUCUGCUUAAAAUGUUGGCUGGCAGUGAAGCUAACAAGAGUUUUUCUCAUUUCACUAGCACUACUCAGGAAGUGAGUUGCUGUGUUUCAGCUUACAUUAGUGUGUUGAGCUGGCUUCUUAUUUAGGCUUGACCACGUCAGGAAUCAUAAAUGUUUCCUGCGGCUGCCUUCUUCACACCAUAUUGCCAGUUUUUAACCAUCACUUAUAUGCUAUCAUCCCGUUAAAAGCCAUAUUUUGAGAGGCUGGUUUAUGAGUGGACCAGUAAUCACAUUAUAUUGAUGGCGGUUGUUUCCGUAUCUGGUAUUUACAUUAUGACUCCUGUUCAGCAUUCAGUGUGAUUUUUAGUGGUGUUGAGUUAGUUAUGGUUGAUGUUUUACAGACAUUCAGCUGUAGUGUAUGUAAGCAUUCAUGUAAGCAAGCUUUUCAUGUCGAAUACAGAUGCUCAUUAAAGAAAUUACGUAAUGGGAUAAAUAAAGCCUCAUUUUUGUAUUUUGUCAGAAGAAAAGGAGGAGAGAGGAGAAAAGCAAAUAGGUUUUAACCUUUCGACUGCUUUCAAAUUAUUUUUUUUCUUACAGUAGAGCAAAGGGCACUUAAAUUCAAUAAUGAGCUACUGAUAACCACAAGAAUCUGAGGUCAGUUUUCUUUUUUCUGUCUUUUUUUUUUUCUUGACAAGGAAAGCUUUUUAUGCCUUUCCUCAGUCUCUUAAUAUAAGAAAUAGAAAAUGUGAGUUACCUCACCUCUAAUAAAACAUAACCAUAACAUAACAGGAGACUCAUUUUGAACUUUUGAAAAAAAAAAAAAUUAAGUGCCAGUCGUUAUUUGUUGCUCUUACACAUACAGUUUUCUAUAUUAGCUUUGUUUUUUCCAGGAAUAGAUAAGGAGGCUGUAAACACAUUAAAAUAAAAUCAAUACAUCAAAUGCAAUGCGGCAAAUACAUCAUCCAGCAGACACAGCCAUCAUUUGGAAUCAUAACUCAGUCAACCAGAUUCAUUUUGAUCUGUCUGCUGCUUGAUGCUGGGCAUGUACAGUUAGUUUAUCAAAGCCUUUUCACUUAAAGCAGUUACUAAACCAAAGCAGUAAGCUCUUGAGUAUUCAAUGCUUUAAAGCUGUAACAGACUCAGGACACUGUUAUUUCUGUGAUUAAUUUAUUUUCCCUGCUUUAAGCCAUUGCUGUUAACAUUAUCAUAAGACUUGAAUAAAUAGUACAUAAAUGGUUUUAUUAGCAAAUGGGCAAAUCUAUCGAAUGUUGUAACCUCAUAAAUAACACAAUAUCAUUAGAGUUGCUUCAUAUACGGCGUCCUGAAAACAAGAGUAACAUAAUAGUUUAUCUCUUUCCGUUGUCCUGUGAUAAUGUCUUUCUUUAUUGCUGCUGGAGCAGAGCAGAGCAGAGAAAGGGGGCUGGUUCAGCAGCAUCACCCUUCUGAUCAUGCGGCAACAUGGCUCUGGAUGUGCUGCCAUGGCAACCGUCUUCCACUGACCCAGUGAUGGGACUGCCUUGUGUGUCAGUGUGAUAGCUGCUGAUUUGAUGUAUGUGUGGAGGAUGUGUAUGUGCAUUCUGUGCUGGUUUGUUUGAGAUAUGGCGAGAAAGGGUGAACGAAAUAUGCGAAGAAAAAAUGAGAGAAUAAUCGAUAGACAACGAGAAGCUGAUGUAAAGACAGCAUGAUAACCACCAGAUUGUUUUAUAUCUGGCGUUUUUGGGGGACAGGUGCUUGUAUGAAAGGGCAUUGUUUGUAUUUCUGUUUGCAUUAUUGGAUGAUAACCGUGAUUUACUAUGAAAAUAAAUGUGGGGAACAAUAAUUUUAGCUUCCCCCCCCUCUUUUGGACCUUUGGGCCCUUUUAAAUACUGAAUAUAUGUCAUUGCUAUCUUUGCCUUGCUACAUAUUGUGGGAUAAAAACACCAUUUCCAUGGUUAAAGGCUUGGCGUGUGUGAAAGUGAGUGCAGUUUUCUAAUUUUUAAACCAUUUCACAGCUUUAUGGAAACUAUGUGUGUCGGCAAGUACAUUCUCUAAUGCGCACAGGGUUUGCUGCAGUCCUCUGAUCCUGGAUAGAUGCCCAUGCUAGUCUGCAUUCAAUUUCCCUUUCCCGACUGGGCUGGACCUUUCUAUUGUCACCAAGUGCUUCCUCGACAGUUGAGGCCUAACACGUUUUUUAAAACCCACUUAAACACAUUUGCUCAAGAGUUGGUCUUUGGCUUUUCUAUUCUGGUUCCCCACAGGCAUUGCUGGUAUUACAGUUUAGUGAGCUAGCACUUGGAGUUUGUCAUUUAUGGGCUAGAGCUCAAUAAAAAGGGAUUUGAUUUUCUUGAUUCUGUCUACUACACACAUUUUUAAGCUAAGUUAAUUUGAAUUUGUUUCAAAAUGGUUAACAGGGAGGCAAUAAUGGAAAAAAAGCAAUCUCCAUUAUACUGUCCUUUGUGUUACUGAUGAGUAGGACAGAUAAAUAGUGCACUCAUUCUUCCAAAGUCAGCAGCUCGAACGCAUCUGGGGUCAAUAUGGAGCUCGUUUGGUCACUAACAUACUGACUCCCCCAACACCAGUGUACUUCCACCUUCACCAUCGUCCUCAGCCAUGUGAAUAAUGGACGAUUAUUGCAACACCCGGGGACGAUGACUCAUCCGUGUAUCAUGUCUGCGUGUGGUCGUCUGGGUGCACAGUUUGGAUUCAGACGGUGUUUAAACUUAGCCCCAAGUGGAAAAUGUGAUACAUCAACGUUUUUCCCCCCACAACGGUAUGUUUAAAAACGGGAAUCUUAUGGCAUUUGUUAAUCUGUGAUUCCCCACUAUAUAUAUUUUUUCAGAGUGGGAGUUGUCAGAUUAUCCGCUUUUGAAUAUGACUGUUGAAGUCAUUUUAAUUUAAAAUGUAUUUGCUUUAUAUUGGAUUUGGUUCUGCUUCAACUCUCCUGGUACACAAGUUGCAUUACUCAGACAGUAAGCAGUUCAAGAUCAGAGUUAAGUGCCAUAUUAAUAAGAAACUAAAAACAGAGUGCAGGACAACACAAUGAAACAAUACAAUGUCAUAAUACCAGCACAGCACAGAUUUCCACACUAUCAGGCUGUAAAUGUGGCACCAAGAGGACUGAAAGCCUCAGAAUUAGGUGUGGCGUCUAUAUUGUUUGCCGUGUCUUUGAGGUGGAAGUCUCCUAUGAGGUCGAUGGAAAUGGUACAUUAAUUUUCCAGUCCAAUAAUCCGACGACAAAUACAUUUUCUGGGGAUCUGAAGAGAUGGGUCAGCUGCAGUCUCUGAGACGGUCAGUGAUGCAUCCCAGGCCCAUUUGCUUUACUGAUGUGCCACUGCUCUGUGCCGAAGGCUGCCCAGUCCUAUUUGCGUAGUUAUGGUCAACCUCAAUACAGAUCAGAAUUGGGGGCUGUGAAGAUCAGAGAUGCAUAGCUUUUUCAUCUGCAGUCUCUCUGAAUGAAUGAUAUUUAAGCAGACAUAAAUCACUGAACACAGAGCUGUCUUUCUAAAGCAGUUUCCCACAUUGUACUUCUGAGCUGAACGCACACAACAGAGGAAUGUCGGCUCUUUCUCGCCAUCAAAGGUCUCAAAAUCAAAGUCCUGCUUUUUUCUAAAUGCCAAGUGGUGCCUCAUUUUAAAACACAGCUGCAGAGCAUGUACAUUAAACUGUAGCCAUAGCAGGCACAGCUUGAAAUCAUUGUGCCUCCUGCUGGAAAUCAAAUGUCAUUGCACCACAUUGCUGGACUCACAGCUUUCAUCCAGCUCUAUUUCUAUCAGUCUCUUUGACCAUUACUGAGUUCACCUACUUGGAUACAGUGCAGACUUAUAAUGAAAAGCUACCAUAAUGCUGACUUCGAAAUGGCUUUGUGGCCAAGAGCAAACAAACUUUGGCAUUAGUAAUGUUGUUUUGACUGAAUGGGACCAAACUAGUUGAGAAGGAGAACCCUUCGAAAAGACUUUGGAUCUGUUAUAGAUUUAAAUUGUCAGUUGUUUACCUGUUCGCAUACUUUAUGCCGCUUUAUUACAUAUUCUUUUCCCUCAGGCGGAAAAUACUUACAUGAACUCUUAUUAUGACAUCCACAUUAUUCAGUUUGCUACUAAUUUGGAUGCCAGUCUUUACUGAUGAAUUCAAACUGAUGAGACCUCUCGCCACUGACAGAGAUAGAACCUGUUCAUUUCUCAUCAGUUUUUAGUCUUGCACAAUGCAACACACUUUACUGCACCAGAGAAAUAUGGAACAAAUGAUUUAGAUCAAAUAUCACAACAGUAGAGGUCGAAUCCUGAAAAUGGUUUUCUGCCUCAGUAAAAAAACAAGGUGCUGCGUUUCUCUCAGAUGGGUUUAAUCUGCACUUUAUGAGUCUGUAAAUACUUAAAUUACUCAAUAACUUUCCAUGUAAGCAAAUGUACAAAGGAUGUUUCUUACACAUGCCAUGUGGUUAUCAGUGUCGGACAGCUGUUACUCUACAGCACAAACAUGACUUCAAGGCUUUUUGGAUGUCAUCUUGUUUAUUACCACUGUGGCCUGGCUGAGAUAAACAGGAGAUGUGAGUAACACACGUCUUUCUUGCACCGUAAACAGUUCAGAUCAUUUCACUAUUUUAAGCAACAAAAUAAUCAUCAGUGUUUAGCUAUUUGAAAGGAAAGUUUAGAAGUAACCAACAGGUAUUUAAACAAAAUGUUUCAUGUUGUUUGUAAGCAAAACGCAAAGGGCCACAGUCUGAGAAGCUUCUCUAUCUACUGAAAAGCUUCUUUUCAGUAGAUAGAGUCACGGAUAUGAAAAGAAGGAGACAGACAAGACAAGAUUUUAUCAGGUUUGAAUCUCAUUCUGCUAAAGAUAUUUUAAGGGAUGCCUUUAUGUCUGGGAGUCAGGCUGACAUCAGUAUAGCUGUUUAUUUUUCACAAAAAACCCCACUGUCAUUUAAAAUCCCAUUCAAGCUGGCUCUGAAAUAUUCCCCAAUGUGGAAAAUCUUCUUUUUUUUCCUGCAUGUCCUGUAUAUUUGUUUUUUCCACUUUUUGAAAUUAGCAAUGAUUUAUUGCCAUGUUGCAUAUAAAGUGUAUUGCUACUGCAUUUCAAAAGUAAAUGAUUUUUGUUAGGCACACACUGAACUGAUUUGUAACUGAUGAUGUGGACAGGGUGUGUGGGGCUUUCUUGGUCCAUAGAGCUGUUACCUCCUGGAGAGGUUUACAGAGCUGAGAUCUGGUGAGAUCAUCACCUCUGCCAAUGAAAGGGGGAGGGAGGCUUUUCAAGGCUACCCAUGCCUCAGUGGAGGUCCUUGUGUCAUUGUGGGCUUGCGGUUGCACUCACAGUGAUUCAAGCCUUACCUUGGAAUGACUUUUUUCCAACUAGGCCUUAGAAGUUAAACAUCUUUAAGGAAAUUCAUCAUGAUAAUCUUCUCCUUAAUGUAAAAAGAAGUCAAAGUAUAGAAAUAUCUGUUUGCAUAGUCUUUUUAAAUUCUUAGUCCUUUUGUAAGCAUGUUUAAAAGAUUUAUUUCAGCUCUACGAUUGACUUUGUUAGCACUGAAGUCAGUGGAUAUGAGUGAUUCUGAAGUUUUAUAUGAACAAUAAGCACCAUUCAGCAGUUGUUGGAUACUAGAGAAAAGAGGGACUCCAAAACAAAUUUACACCAAGACACACUUAAUAUACAUCAAGAUCACCCUGAUCUCAUGACUAAAGUGGAAAAUUUCCAUUGGAACACGUCCUUGUACAUUAAACCAAUUUUUUUUUCGACGCAAUCAAUCAAAAUUAUACAAGGAGCUUACACUAUUGCAUUAUUUACAGCACCCCAUGUUGCUAAAAGCAACCUCUCAAAUCUCCCUUCUUGUUGUAGGCCUAGUGGCAGUGUAUCUAUAAUAUGUAGCUAAGCUCAUUAGUAUUAAUGCUACGCGAUAUUGUUUAUGCUGCCAUAAUGGGUAAGGUUCAUGGCAUCCAUCAGAGGAUUAAGAAAGUCUGCUCUCAGCCUUACUGCCAAUUAUAGUUGGUGUCUAUUCAUUUUACUGCAUUUGGAAGGGGGGGGGAGCACAAUGGAAUGCAAAAAAGGUGAAUCAUUUAUUACUCUAUGCAGUUGGGAUUCGUGCAUAUUUAAUGUAUUUAUUUUAAAAAAACAUACUUUUUUGGCUUAUGCAAGAGACAAGAAAUGUUUUGAGUCUGGUAUUUAGUUGUUGUACAAUUGGUGAAAAUCAAUAUUGCUAUUAUUAUUAUUGCUAUUAUUAACACAUUCGCUGCUUCUGAUAAUGAUACAACAAAGUGAAAACUGUUUUUAAAAAGAACCCGUGCAUCCAUCCUGUGUUUAUUAAAAAACAAAACCAAACAACCAAACAAACAAAAAUGCUCACAGUAGGCUCUGCUUAAGUAUAGCCUGCAUUAUCUGCCUUUAUGACUCUAAUGGGGAUCCUAACUAACAAAAUGAACAUAUUGAUAUAUUCAUUAUGUUUGAAACUAACAUAAACUCAUCUGCACAUCAGUGAAGGGUUUAGAGAGGCCAUAGGUCAAUGGACAUUGGUGGUGGUUUUCCCACAGACUUGUAAAAUCUGAUUUUUUACAACCAGAAGCGUCGCCCCUGCUGGUUAUUAAAGUUCAAAGCAAUCGUGAACUGGGCUCCACUCUUCAGACCUUGCAGCUGUUUCCAUCUUCUAUAAACCCUCUCAGGUUUUGCUAUGCAUACCUGACUUUUAAGAUGUUCUUUAUUAUAGACAUGAAAACUAAAAUUCAUAUUUUAGAAGAAAAAAAUGAUAACGGUACUUAGGCUCAUUGGGAUAAUCUUUUUUAUGGUAAUUAGCGCUUCAGGUGAAGCAGAAACAUAAAUCAAAGUAUUCGGAUUACAUGGGGCGAAGUAAAGGAUUACACCACAGGGAGUAAUUGGAGUUGCCAUGACUACCACUCCGCUCCACGGCAAUUGGUCGUUGUCUCGCUGAGGACUGAGCAGCUAUCGGGGUCUCUAUGAUCUCCUCGAUCGUUUUCUUUUUUUUUUUUGCCUUUAUGGGAGGGGGUGUUGCUUGAAUGCUGAGAGACACACUACUUUUCCUCUCGCUGAAUGAGGGAACAGGGGUCUUUGCUUGCGGAGUGACUCUGCGCUCACUCUAAAGCCGUACAAGUCACAAAUGAGCGGGCGUGUUUUGGUCGGUAAAGUGCCACCGCUGCAGCCGGCGACACGAGCAAGGAGGACUUUCCUUUUAACUCCAAGUUGGGACGAGAGCAGCUCCAUUAGCAGUGGACUCAGCGAUGGUGAUGGCGAUGGCUCGGAGAAUCUCAGUUCAGAGGAAUUCAACGCCAGCUCGUCUCUCAACUCCCUCCCAAACACACCCUUGGGAUCAAGGCGCAACUCCUCUGUUAUGCUCCGCACUGAUGCAGAGAAGCGCUCUCUGGUGGAAAGUGGACUUUCUUGGUACAGUGAGGAUGGCAAAAGCACCCAUAAGCUUGGUAGCUCCAGCUUUGACUCAGGAAGUCUCAAGACAGAGGCACCAAGCAAGUGGAGAAAGAAGCCUCCAAGUCUUAGUGAAGAUUUUGGCGGUAAAGGGGAACUGAAGAAGCCUCAAAGUUUGGGUCAACCAGGAAGUUUCAAGAAAAGCAGAAAUCCUCCUGUGGGUGUGACCUCCCCCAUCACCCAUACCUCCCAGAGUAUGCUCAAAGUCGCAGCACCAAAAAGUGAGAAGCCACUGGACAAAUCCAAGAUUUCCAUCAGAACUGCUGGUCUGCAGCGUUCCCGUUCAGAUGCUGGCAGAGAUCAUCAUGGAGAGCACCGCAAGCCCCCUUCAGGUCUAGUUAAACCCACUGCUGGAACCUCCUUUGGCUACAAGAGACCACCAACAGCAACUGGUACAGCAACCGUCAUGACAGCAGGGGGUGCCACCAUCUCUAGUGGCUCUGCUACUGUGGGAAAAACCCCCAAGUCAUCUGGCAUCCCUGUGAAACCUGUAGGAGGAGGAAUACCCUCGGGUAGAAAGAACAGUUUUGAUGCCAGCAGUGAGCAGAGCUUCCUGGGGCCAAACGCCCGAAACAGCAUUCAGUACCGCAGCCUGCCCCGACCGGCCAAAUCAAGCACACUUAGUGUGAUUGGGCGCCCCACAACUCGCCCUGUCAGCAGUACAAUUGACUCUAGUCUGCUGUCCUUGAAACCUGUACCCAUAACUUCUUCAGGCCCCAGGGUUAAAGAACCAAGUAGCUCCAGCAUUAAAAUAACUAAUCGAACAAGUACUGGCCCAGUAAACCAGACAGACCGAGAGAAAGAAAAGGAAAGGGCCAAAGCUAAGGCUGUGGUUGCAGACAUCGACUGUGCUUCGCUAAAAGGAGAACACGCACCAUCCGAAUCAACAGGAGAGUCUUCCGUGAAACUGCAUGGCCUGAGACGAACUAGCAGCAGCAAAUACCCCGAACUGUCAUCACCCACCAUACCGAGGAUGCUGAACACUAAGUCUCUAGGUCGUCCUCCUAGCUUGGCUCACCUGGACAAGGUCAACUCAAACAGUCUUGACUCCUGUGUGACAAUACAGGACCUUCCACCCAAAGUGCCCCCAUACUCCAAGCUCCAAGACUUGGCUAGUUCCCACACGGCCACCCGCCUAACCCCUAGCCCAGCGCCAGUCCUUCAUAUUGAUUCACCCAGCCCUUACGCAAGUGAAAGCCUGAGUGGAUCGCCGAUACUCUACCCCAAACUGUCAGGCAUGCACCGCAGCUUGGAGUCCCUGCCCCUCCAGAUGAGUGUGCCUGCAAGUGCAAGGUUUGUUACAACAAACACCCGUGAUAAAGAAGAGAGGAGUACAGGAACCUGGGGGGCUGGGAGUAGGACGUCCCUCACCCUCUCAGACAGCUUACAAACAGAUCGGAAUACCUUGCCAAAGAAAGGCUUAGAACGCUAUGGCUCAAACCUAUCAGAGAGUGAAGAAAGUAAGCCAGGAAGACGGCACUCCCACAACAUAGUCAGCAUGACAGAGAGUGAUAGCCCCCCUCAGUGGCCUUCUCCUACCCGCACCCUGCACCCAUUAUCCAAUAAGAUUCCUCUCACCAAUGUGGUUGCCCCAAUUUCCAGUGGCACCCCAAGGAUAUCGCGGUCCAACAGCAUAGGCCCCCCAAGUGAUUCUGCCUGCGAUCUCUAUGGAUCCUCCCCUCUGGGCAGCAGUAUGUCCCUGGUUGACCGUCCAAAAAGCAUGAUGCGGUCUGGGUCUUUCCGUGAACCAGGAGAGGAUGUGCAUGGCUCUGUGCUGUCUUUGGCAUCUAAUGCUUCAUCCAACCAUUCCUCAAAUGAGGAGAGGAUACAAGGGGAGCAAAUCCGCAAGUUGAGACGGGAGCUGGAAUCCUCCCAGGAAAAGGUUGCCAACUUAACCGUGCAGCUUUCUGCCAAUCAGCUAGGCCAGGCUAAUCUGGUCGCAGCAUUUGAACAAAGUCUGGCCCUGAUGACAGCACGCCUGCAGACACUGUCUGUCUCCUCAGAUCAAAAGGACUCUGAGCUUACUGAAUUGAAGGACACCAUUGACAUUCUGAAGGCCAAAAAUACUGAAGCCCAGGAAAUCAUUCAGGGGGCCCUCAGUAAUCCUGAUGUCACACCCAAAGAGCUGCAGAUCAACCGCCAGAACUCCUCAGAAAGCCUCUCCAGUCUUACCAGCACCACCAGCCACUCGAGCAUGGGCAGCCUCAAGGAGCAGGAGGCCAAGAAGAAGAAGAAGAAGAGCUGGGUCUUUGAGUUACGCAGCUCAUUCAACAAGGCUUUUAGUAAGAAGGGCUCAAAGCCAACUGGGCCAUAUGCUGACAUUGAAGAGAUUGCCACCCCAGAAUCCUCAGCACCUUCCUCCCCCAAAAUCCACCAUGAUGGAGAUAACCCUCCGGUGUCAAUGAAAUCCUCAGCCUCAGCAUCAUCUUCAAGACUCUCUGAAGGGAGUGAGGCAGGUGAUGAUAAGGUUGUAACAGACCUGCGUUCAGAACUGUGGGAGAAGGAGCGUAAACUGACAGACAUCCGCCUCGAGGCUCUGAGUUCAGCCCAUCAGCUGGAGCACCUGCAGGAGGCCAUGAACAACAUGCAGAGGACAAUCGAAAACCUGAAGGCUGAGAACGACCAUCUGAAGACAGGUACUUUGUCUCCCUGUCCAUCUCCUGGACCCUCCAGCUCUGUUUCCCAGUCCUCAGGUCUCACUGCUCUGGGAAGCUCAUCACCCCGACAGUCAGUAGCCAUGCACGUGCCUAAAAGCUACAGCAGAGGGCUGAGUGAGGGGAGCAGCUCAGCAGACAUCCACACUGCAGAUUCUCUCAGCCUUUCCUCACAGAGAGAUGACCAUCGUGUCAGGGUCGUGGUUUGUGUUGCGGAUCUACGUGUCUUUAAAGAUGAGGUUAAACAGCAGGAUUUCUUUGUCGGCACUGUCAGAGUGAAUGGCAGGAUGGAUUGGGUGAUGCUUGACUCAGCUGUCAGUCAGGCUUUUAAGGUAUAUAUAGCCAAGGUGGACCCCACCUCCAGUCUGGGACUGUCUACAGAUUCCAUCUACAGUUACAGUAUGGGCCACAUUAAGAGAGUGCUGGGAGGAGAAGCUCCUGAGACACAACCCUCUCGCUGCAUGUCACGAGGCCCCAGUAGCAUCACAGUGGCACUGAAAGGUUUGAAGGAGAAGUGUGUGGACAGCCUGGUAUUUGAAACUCUCAUUCCCAAACCCAUGAUGCAGCACUACAUAAGUCUUCUACUCAAACAUCGUCGUCUAAUCUUGUCUGGGCCGAGUGGCACUGGGAAGACGUACCUCGCUUCCCGGCUGGCUGAGUACCUGGUGGACCGCAGUGCUCGCGAAGUCACGGAUGGCAUUGUGGUCACUUUCAACAUGCACCGCCAGUCAUGCAAGGAUCUGCAGCUUUAUCUUGCUAAUUUAGCGAAUCAAAUAGACCGGGAAAGCGCAACGGAAAUACCAUUGGUGGUUAUUCUGGAUGAUAUUCAUGAUCCUGCUUCCAUCAGUGAACUUGUCAAUGGUGCUCUAACCUGCAAAUAUCACAAAUGCCCUUACAUUGUUGGAACAAGCAAUCAGCCAGUGAAGAUGAUCGCAAACCAUGGCCUGCAUCUCAGCUUCAGGAUGGUGACCUUCUCCAAUAAUGUGGAGCCAGCCAAUGGCUUCCUUGUGCGAUACUUGCACAGGAAGUUGAUGGAGUCCGAAGAUGAGAGGAACUUGACCAAUGAGGAUCUAAUCAGGGUGUUAGACUGGGUUCCCAAACUGUGGUAUCAUUUGCACACCUUCCUAGAGAAGCACAGCACAUCGGAUUUCCUCAUAGGCCCUUGCUUUUUCUUAUCCUGUCCAGUCACAGUGGAUGAGUUUCGAUCAUGGUUCAUUGAUCUUUGGAACCACUCUAUCAUACCAUACCUGCAAGAAGGGGCCAAGGAUGGCAUCAAGGUCCAUGGCCAAAAGGCAGUAUGGGAGGACCCAGUGGAGUGGGUGAGGGGCACCCUGCCUUGGCCAUCUGCCCAGCAGGACCAGGCAAAAUUGUUCCACCUACCUCCUCCCAGCAUCGGCUCCAGCAGCCCCUGCCAGCCAAGUGAGGAGAGGCCUCACAAAGAGACUCCGCCCAGCUCCAUGGAAAAUGAUCCUCUGAUGGCAAUGCUUUUGAAACUUCAAGAGGCUGCCAAUUUCAUUGAAUCACCAGACAAAGAAGACCCUAGCCUGCCUAAACUUUGAAUACAAAGCUCACACCUAAACACUUGGCUCUCCAAUUUUUUUGUUUUUGCUUACUGUACUGCAGUGUAUGCAGUGCAUAUUCAGGAACAAAUGGACCCUCAGAAAUGGUUGUGGGGCUAUUAAAAACCAUCAUUCCUGCAGGAGAAGUUUGAAAAUAUGACUUAUUAAAUCCAAAUCAUUUAACCCAUUCAGUAUUUUCAAAAAACUGUUAAAUGAAAAGCUAUGUUCUCUUACUUAAUUAUAUAUUUAAGAAUCACUUCACAUAAAUCAGAUAUCUUUACCAGUAUGGUAGCCCUCAGUACUUUUAGAUUGGUGCUAGUGGAUUGUUAAGAAGUCCAUCAGCUCAGCACUUCAGCUUCAGGGGACUUCUGCAACAAAACACACGGUCAAUCCUGUUUUAUGCUCAAGGGCACCUUGAAGUGUUUGUCAAAAAGAGCCAUUGGAAAAGAGUAUGACAGCAUCACAGAUACCAGUCUUUCUUGCAAGGUUCUUUGGCACAUAUCUACUGUAUCAGUCUUUGAAGGCCAAAUCUUACAUAUAUGCAAUCCUGAACUCUACAGCCCGAGCAGGUGAAACUUAUGAUAUGCCUUAAGACAAAGACAUCAAUGUCACCUCAACUUAAGCAGAAUAUACUGGUGCUUUUAUCAAUAACAUCCUAAGACAGCCGCAUCCUAAGCUGUUUCUUCAGCUUUCUAUAUUAUAUAUUACAGUUCAUCAUGGUUACGUUUCACAGCAAAAAAAAAAAGAAAAAGUCUGAACACUCCAAGCAGAAUUUUCAAAAUAUAUUUUUACUUUUUCCCAUCUUCUUCAUAGUUUAUCAGUUAAAUCUGCUGUCAUACUCUUUUGCAUAAAACAGAACUUAUUUAUCAGUGAUGUAAGUUCAUCACUUUGUCGCUGCACACUUAAUUUUGUUUUAGUCGCUACUUAAGUAGUGCCACCAAUGUCGCCAUAUGUAUCAGGUAUUAGAUACUUACUACACAGGGAUGAUAUAACUUAACAAACAACCUCUAAUGAAGACAUAACGAGUAAAUGUUAUUUAAAUCCAAUUCAAGAUUGUUUCUCUAGAACAUUUAUGUAGGAAAAGGCACAUCUCUUUCAAGUCUUUCCCCAAACAUUCAGACUAGUUACUGUGUAUAUUCUGUAAAUACAGUCAGAUUGCAUUGCAGUUACUUUAUCUACAUUAGUUGGUGCAAAUAUCGAAUAUACUGAACCAAAUACUGUACUUUAAUCAUGCAUAUUGACUGUCAAGUUAGGGUUUUAAGUUCAACUAUGAAUGUAUAGAAAAUACCUAUACAGCAGCCGUAUAACAGUCAUGUAGGAGGUGCUUUUAAAGUAAGCCUUAUCAAAGUUCUACUGCUAAACACUUUUAUUAAUGGCUGAGCAGGGUGGCUUUAGAGCUGCCUGUUUCCGUUUCAUUUUUUACACGCUUCACAAACAAAAAGAACAUUUUCUCCCCACUCAUGUUUAAUUUCAUUUAGGUACGGUACUCAUGGUGCUCCUUAAAAAUGUCCCAAACUGUUUUAGUGUUGGAUAAAAGCUGUGUAGAUGUUCUGGGUAGGUUAGCAAAAAGUUGUCUGUAAUUUCUGUCAACCGCAAAAGAAAUAUGAAAUAUAUUUGGAAGAAAAUGUGUGACAGUUCAUAGGAGAUGUUAUUAAAGACAUUCUGUAGUGGCUGAAGUCAUGUGAGAUCUUAUACGGUAUAUACCCGAGUUGAUGUCCUGCAGUAUUUAUGUUUGAGAGGAUUUUGGGCACAUGAUGCAGAAUCAAGUAGUAGAGAAUGCUUAUUCCAAGGCAAGAGUUAAAAAGAUUUAAAAUGCUUUAUGAAGAAUUUGGUGUAGAUGUGUGUAAACACGCCCCCUAUGGAGUAAAUGACAGAUUGUUGUGCAAGUGGUGUUGAAAUAAUUCUUUAUCCCCAACAUUUUGGUGCUCAGACUAAACUUCACCUGAAGUAAAACCUGUAAAUGAAUGUUGGACCACUUAAAGACAGCUCAAUAAGAAAGUCUAAAAACUUAUGUCUGAGAUGCUUCAUGCUUAUUUGCUUUAUUGCACUGUUUGUAUAAGGCUGGUUUUAAAUUUUCAAGCUAAUCUGCAGCUCUUACUGGUCACAAGCAAACUAAAAAAUGAAUGAAGAAAAGACAUCGAAGAGCAAAAACGAUGUCAAGUGUCUGGGACUCUUACCCUGACAUCAUGCUGACUUUGAUUACUGUAAAUAUGUGAGGUAUCAGACUGUGUUACAAGCCCCUCUCUGAUCUGUUUUGCAGGUUAACUAAAGCCAUCAACUCCAGCUUCUCAUUCACUGGUUAUUGUGCCUGUUGUUCUGUGGUAGCUGUGAUUUGUGUUUGCUUACUAGUGUACUGGGACUAUGCAGCAACUUCUACUGGUGUUGGCAAUCAGCAAUGAUGAAAUUCACAAACAAACGCUGUGUUUUCAUAUGGUCGGGCUUUGAGUUCUUAAUUCGGACCAAACUGCACCACAUGAUAAGUGUCAGCUGAAGAUACAGAGCCUUAAAGAGAAGAGGAUUUGUUUGGUGAUACAUUGAAGACAGGGUUCAUAAGUUUAGCUGAUGUUUUGUCCUUAUGAAUGGCAACUAAAGUAAUGCAGCUGGACUUGUAAAUCGUCAAAUGACAAUAAAAAACGAAAUAAAAAGCAAUUCAGUUCCAGUUUAUCAAAUCACAACAGUCCCCUCAAGGGAGGUUAAAAAAUCAAAAGAUGAGGUGGAAAUAGUUCGCAGUUAGUCUGCAUUAAAACAAGUAAAAAAAACAAUCUGACAUCUUAGGCCAAUACAUGUUGCUGAAUAGUCAUAUUUUCGCAAAGCUUGUUGUGGACUAAGAUUAAGAAAACAAUGUUACGAUGUAUGCAUUGUCACUAAUGUGCAAAUGUCAAGGGUUUCUAAGUGUUGUAAAUGCAUGUAAACUUGCUGUGUGAUGAAAAAAUGUUAACAUUAAUGCAUUGUUUAGGAAAAUCAUUGAUAAUAGAUGAUAAUGUUUUCUUUUUUUAAUACUCAGAUAUUUGAUAUUUCUUUUUUUUUUCUAAAGAAUCCUUUGUAAAAGUUAAUUUCUCUAUUUUGUACAGGGCAUCAUUGUAAAGUCUGUAAAUAUGUCAGCAUUCUGGAUGCGGCAACAAUCACUGAGGAGGAAAAACUAAAUCUGUGAGAGAAAGAUAUAUUUCUUCAAAGUUGGGUCCAAUACAUGGAUAAGGCAUGCUUCUGAAGGCUUUCAUCCACUUAUCACUGUUUGUUGAAAUUAAUAAAAUACAUGUUAUAUUUA